AUGGAAUCACUUCUUUCGUCAGUCUCUCGUGCAUGUCCUUUCCUAUCCAAGACUCCUGUUACUCAACUACGCAGGCUGUCUACCAUGCCUAGCUCUUUGUCAGGCUCAUCAUCUUCUGCUCUUCUAGCAACUGCUCAGAAAUGUCCUGUUAUGGGCACUGCGCUUGCUGUUCAGUCUUGUCGCAAUGGCAUUUCCACCUCUGCCAUGUGUCCGUUUGCAUCAGCUGUUGAUUCUAUCUCAAUGGUGGGUCCUGCUGGAACCUCUCGUCCCCCUGCUGCUGUUGGCCAGGUCCCUUCGUUUGUCAAUGGACGUCAUGCUUCUUUGCCCCAUGGUGGCUCUCAUCAAGCUCCAGCCAAAAAGUCUGAUACCCCGUCUGCUGCAACCUGCACUGGUAGUGCUCCGUUUAAUUAUGAGGAAUUCUAUCGUAACGAGCUGGAUAAGAAACACAAGGACAAGAGCUAUCGCUAUUUUAACAACAUUAACCGAUUAGCCCAACUGUUCCCUACCGCCCAUACUGGCACAGGUGAACAUGUCACUGUCUGGUGUUCCAACGAUUAUCUUGGCAUGUCCAAGCAUCCUCUUGUUACUGAAAACAUGAAAUCAACGUUGGACAUGUACGGUGCUGGUGCCGGUGGUACUCGUAACAUUGCCGGCAAUGCUCAAUUGCAUUUAAGUUUGGAACGAGAGCUUGCUAGUUUACACGAAAAACCGGCCGCCCUUGUCUUUUCUUCCUGUUUUGUAGCUAAUGAUGCCACACUCUCUACUCUCGCUAGCAAAAUGCCUGGCUGUGUCAUCUUCUCUGAUGCCUCCAACCACGCUUCCAUGAUUCAAGGCAUUCGUAACUCGGGUGCUAAAAAAAUGAUCUUUAAACACAAUGAUGUGUCACAUCUCGAGUCUUUACUUCAAAAAGUAGAUAUUAAUGCACCCAAAAUUAUUGCGUUCGAGUCGGUCUACUCCAUGUGCGGAUCCAUUGGUCCCAUCAAGGAGAUUGCUGCUCUUGCUCGAAAAUACAAUGCCAUUACAUUCCUUGACGAAGUACACGCUGUUGGUAUGUAUGGUCGCACUGGUGCUGGUGUUGCCGAAUACAUCAAUGUCAUGGAUGAGAUUGAUAUCAUUACUGGCACUCUUGGUAAAGCUUUUGGCGUUGUUGGUGGAUACAUUGCUGCUUCUUCCGGACUCAUUGACAUGAUCCGUUCAUAUGCUCCUGGAUUUAUUUUCACCACAUCCUUGCCACCUGCCGUUGUAUCGGGUGCUCUGACUUCAAUUCGCUAUCUCAAGGCUUCUCAAGCUGAACGUUUUGCCCAACAACACCACACUCGCGACCUCAAAGGUCGUCUUGACGAGCUUGGUAUCCCUGUUAUUCCUAACCCAAGUCACAUAGUUCCUGUUCUUAUUGGCGAUGCCGAGACUGCCAAGUCUGUUUCGGACGAGCUGCUUUACAAGCACCAGAUUUAUGUGCAAAGUAUCAACUUCCCCACUGUUUCUAAAGGAGAGGAACGUCUUCGUAUCACUCCUACUCCAGGUCAUACCAAGGAGCAUACGGAUGUCUUGGUAGGUGUCCUUUCCAGGAUCUGGGAAGAACGCGGUCUCAAGUAUGUUAGCGACUGGGCUAAAAUGGGAGGAAACGCUGGUGUUGGUACUGGACAGCGUGCUGAGCAGUUGGUUACUCUCGAAGAUAUUCAAAUGCCUAGCCCUGCACUUACUGACAUGCCUCAGCUUCUUCAAGCCACUGCCUAAGUCUGGCCCGCUUGUUUUUUAUAUCCAUUGCUGCCCUGAUUUUGAUCCUGUCUAUCUUCACUUGACAUCUACUUUUGAUUCGAGUUUAUUGAAAUCAUUGUUAUGAAUAUAUUUGAAACAGCUUUUUCCAAUAUGU